CGGAAAUUCUCUGUCCCCCUACCACGACCAUCCUCCUUCUCUUCGUACUGCAAGACGGAAUCAGGCGUUCCGAGGUGGAAUUAGCUGCUGAACCCAUUUUUUACGCCAGAAAACUUGCACUGACGAUCGAAAUUCGGAACGCCGGACGACCAAGAUCAAUAUGGUCGAUAUAACCAUCAGAAAGAGACCGCGAGCAGAAGCUAUUAUCACCCAAAGGAAAUUCUUCAAAAAGACUGCUAGAGGGAAGGUAAUCAAGGUUCUUCGGGAACGGUAUCUUCGAGACGACGUUGGCUGUGGCGUUCAGUCAUGCACCGAAUGCUCCGGGGAGACAGUGUUGCCGCUAGAUAGCCAUUUGCAACAUACACUAUUUACCGGUGGUCAUUUCAUCCUUCCAGACACGAACGUAUUCUUGUCACAGAUGGAUCUUGUCGAGUCUGAAAUGUUCACGACGCCAAUGGUUCUGCUGCAAACUGUGAUCGAAGAAGUUCGGCACAGAUCGCUCCCUCUGUAUAAUCGACUGAAGGCCUUGAUAAAAAUGGAUAGCAAGCGGAUAUGGGUUUUUUACAACGAGUACAGGAUGGAAACUGCUAUAAUCCGUGAAGAAGGAGAGACGCCCAAUGACCGGAAUGAUCGAGGUAUCAGGAAGGCAACAGCCUGGUACAGCACACAUAUAUCCUCAAUACAUCGUCAGAAGGGCCCUACAGUUAUUCUUUUAACUGAAGAUGCAGCUAACCGGCAGAAAGCAGAAGCAGAGGGAAUAACAUCGAUAUCAGUUCGACGUUACAUUGAAGGCAUGGCGAAUGCUACUCAGCUCCUUGACUUGUUAGCUGCACCCGGCUCGGACGAUAUUGAGCCUACCAAGGCAGCCACAGGGCGACAAGCACUAUAUCCUGAUUAUCUUCCUACAUCCACACUACUGGCCGGCAUCAAAGCAGGUGACCUUCACCAGGGACAUUUCAAUGCCAACCAGUACAAUUACCUUGAAGGCAGUGUCUCAGUGCAAGCCUUCUCAAAACCCAUUUUGCUUGUAGGCCGGGAGCACAUGAACAGGGCUGUUCAAGGUGAUGUUGUUGCCGUAGAGGUCUUUGACGAGAAAGAGUGGAUGGCACCUGCGGAUGAAGUAGUCGACCAAGAUGCGACGCUCAAAAACGACGAUGCCGAUGACUCUGGUGAAGAAGAGGAAGCCGUCAUCGAUGCAGAAUCUAAGGUGGUGUCGAUGACUUCAUCAUCGUCUAACAAGCAACCAACCGGACGGAUAGUGGGCGUAAUCAAACGGAACUGGCGGGCAUACGUGUGUCACAUUGACAGUACUUCUCUCACGUCAUCCAACUCUUCGUCUCUUUCGUUACAAACCGUUUUUGCAACUCCCGUGUCCCGUUUGCUACCUCGUAUCCGACUGCGGACGCGUCAGGCUCCAACCCUAAUAGGUCAGAAAAUAUUGGUAACCAUUGACCGAUGGGACAACACUUCGCGCUACCCCGAAGGUCAUUUUGUCCGGGCUUUGGGCAAGGUAGAAAGCAAGGAGGCAGAACAAGAGAGCUUGUUACUGGAAUUUGAAGUCCCCUAUCGACCAUUUGGGAAGGCUAUCUUGGACUGUCUACCGCCUGAGGGCGAUAGUUGGGUGGUUCCACCCAAGGUGGAUGGAAAUUUGGCAUGGAGAGACAGAGAAGAUUUAAGAGAUCUGUUAAUAUGCAGUAUAGAUCCGCCUGGGUGUCAAGAUAUCGAUGACGCACUUCAUGCUCGAGCGCUACCUAACGGUAACAUCGAGGCCGGUGUCCAUAUCGCGGAUGUGUCGCACUUUGUCCACCCCGAUACUCCAAUGGAUAACGAAGCUGCUUCGAGAGGAACAACCGUUUAUCUAGUCGACAAGCGGAUCGACAUGUUACCAGCACUGCUUGGCACUAACCUAUGUUCUUUACGGCCGCACGUCGAGCGACUUGCAUUUUCUGCUAUCUGGGAACUAACACCAGACGCCGACAUCGUUAACGUUCGGUUUACCAAAUCCGUUAUCGCAUCCAAAGCUGCCUUCACCUACGAAGAGGCUCAGAUUCGCAAGGAUGAUCCUAACCUGAGUGAUCCUCUGACAGCAAGCAUACGUCUACUCAACGCCUUGGCACUGAAACUCAAGGCCAAGCGAAUGGCAGCGGGUGCUCUUAAUCUCGCUUCGCCAGAAGUUAAAAUACAACUCGACAGCUCUGAGUCAUCAGAUCCGAUUGACGUGGAGCAGAAGGAGAUGCGAGAGACUAACAGUCUUGUCGAAGAGUUUAUGUUACUCGCUAAUGUCAGCGUUGCAAGAAAGAUUCAGGAGAGUUUCCCAGCAACUGCGGUUCUAAGACGGCACUUGCCUCCUCCAAAAACUAACUUUGAGAAACUGCAAGACAUCUUGAAGAAACGCAAGGGAAUGAACUUGGAUGUAUCAAGCUCGGGAGCGCUGGCUGCUUCCUUGGAUCAGUGUGUCGAUGCAAGCCAGCCAGCAUUCAACACGUUGGUGCGGAUCAUGGCGACGCGCUGUAUGCUCUCUGCAGAAUAUUUCUGUUCCGGAAGUGUCGGGCGUGACACCUUCGGGCACUACGGCCUUGCUAGCGAAAUUUACACUCACUUCACUAGUCCUAUCCGAAGAUAUGCUGAUGUGCUAGCUCAUCGGCAAUUGGCCGCAGCUAUCGGAUAUUCGCCACUACAUGCGUCGUUGCAUUCCAAGCACCACGUCGAACGUGUCCUCGAUGUUGUCAAUCGACGCCAUAGGAUGGCGCAAAUGGCGGGACGUGCUAGUGUGGAGUUUUACGUGGGGUUGGCUUUGAAAGGAAGAGGAGAGAAGCAGGAGGUGAAAGAAGAAGCGUUUGUCAUAAGGACAUUCAGGAACGGUGUUGGUGUCUUCGUGUCCAAGCUAGGGAUUGAGGGCCUGGUUAUGUUCAAGCGAGACACCCAAUUCGACCCGGAUAAUUAUACGAUAACCGUGCCAGCUUCAACUAAGGGUUCCGGAGACGUUACGAUAUCGGUGUUUGAUAAAGUUGUAGUGAAUAUUGAGGUGGAAAAAGAUAGGAAUACUCAGCGGGGUAAAGUCAAGAUGUCUUUGAUGGAGCCAGUUGAUUCUAGAGCCUUGGUGUGAUCUAUUCCUCAUCAGCAAAUAAACAACCUUCGAUGUGGAAUCAAUAAUAAAUUGCCAUAGACGUGUAU